GCGCCGCUCCCUCCAUUCAAAGGACGACGCUUUCCAGUCGGCGGACAUUUUCCCGCUCGCUGCCCCGCCUCCCCUUUAAGCGCACGACGCCGUUACUAAGGCGGCCCGAGGAGCGGGCAAACUGAAUCGCUCCGGCUGCGAACAGCAGCGGCGGCCCGUCGGUUCCGCUCCGGCUCCCGCAGCGCCAUGGCGUUCGCCUGCUUGCAAAAAAAGUCUGAUUUGUGGGGAGAAAAUGGAUUUGUUGCAUGAGAGCUCCAAAUGAUCCUCAGUUUGCCUGUUGCUGGAUUUGAGCCCCACUCCAAAUAGUGACGAUCUGGAAGCUCCCUAAGUCUCCAUUGAUUCUAGGAGAGUUUCCAAGGAAAUGUACUUAGGAUUGUGAUGUAAUAGCUGCUACACACAAUACAUUUUAUAGAGACAGGAAGAUCCAACAUUGGAGAGGCAUUUCAAAGGGCACCGUGAUGCUGUAACGAGUGUGGAUUUCAGUCUAAAUAAUAAACAGCUAGUAAGUGGCUCUAUGGAUUCAUGCCUGAUGAUCUGGAGUAUGAAACCUCAAAUGAGAGCCUACCGCUUUGUGGGUCACAAAGAUGCAGUCCUGAGUGUGCAUUUUUCACCAUCCGGCCAUCUGAUUGCUUCAGGUUCUAGAGACAAAACAGUUCGCUUGUGGGUUCCAAGUGUCAAGGGAGAAUCGACUACCUUCAAGGCUCAUACAGGAACCGUCAGAAGUGUUCACUUUUCUAAUGAUGGCCAAUCAUUGGUUACAGCCUCUGAUGACAAAACAGUUAAAGUUUGGGCUGUCCACAGACAAAAAUUCUUAUUUUCACUAAGUCAGCACAUAAACUGGGUUCGCUGUGCAAAGUUUUCUCCUGAUGGAAGAUUGAUAGUAUCAUCCAGUGAUGACAAAACUGUCAAACUUUGGGAUAAAACAAGCAGAGAAUGUAUACAUUCUUUCUGUGAACAUGGUGGCUUUGUGCCUCAUGUGGACUUCCACCCUAGUGGUACAUGUAUUGCUGCAGCUGGCACAGACAACACAGUGAAAGUAUGGGAUGUUAGGAUGAAUAGGCUUCUGCAGCAUUACCAAGUUCACAGUGCUUCAGUGAACUGCCUGUCUUUUCACUCCUCUGGAAACUACCUCAUUACUGCUUCCAACGAUUCAACUCUAAAAAUACUGGAUUUACUAGAGGGGAGACUGCUGUAUACACUUCAUGGCCACCAGGGACCAGCUGCCUGUGUUACUUUCUCGAGAACUGGAGAUUUCUUUGCUUCUGGAGGCUUCGAUGAACAGGUAAUGGUGUGGAAAACAAACUUUGAUGCCACUGAUUAUGGCGACCUGCUGAAAACACGGAAAUGCAAUAUGAAUGUGAAUGGCACUGACUAUGGUGAUGCACUGAGAACACAGAGGUCCAGUAUGAAUGUGAAUGGAUCUUCCAACAGUGUGAAACCAAUGGAUACUGGCAGUAGAGAGAUUCAGAAAUCUGGAAUUUACAGACAAGAAAAGCAAUCAGAGAUGGAUUUUGCAGAAGUUCCAGAUAAACAUAUUCAAGGAACUGAAACGGCAGAAUCUGCCAGAAGACAACCUGAACAAAUGGACGAGGCUGGUCUUGCCAGCACCCUCCAGCAUAUUGUGGGACAGCUGGAUGUUCUCACUCAGACUGUUUCCAUUCUAGAACAAAGAUUAACAUUAACUGAAGACAAGCUGAAGGAGUGCCUUGAGAAUCAACAGAAGAUUGCUCAAAGUAAAUCCAACUGAGUUUGCUGGGGAACUCACUGGCAGCCAGCAUUGUGAGUGUGUGUGUGCGCGCACACGCGAGCACAUUCUCAGCAUAUAUUGUGUGACUGAUUUGUAAAGUGAAAACAUUUCCUAUUUUAUUAGAAUGAAUUGUACAGCUUAAUAGUGUCUGUAAAUAUGUACUUUUUUCAUAUUAAACUUUCUUACUAACUAUG